AUGUCUGUUAGAUGUAUGAUGAUGGUGGAUAAUGGUAAGUCAUCUCGUAUGCACUUUAGAAAGGCCCAAUAUGGUUUUUGGUUUUUUUCUUCCACUUUUUACCGGUAAUCUUAGCGUGAGAGAUAUUAAGGCCCCAAUUUCCUCUACUUAAAUUAGCCAAAAUCGUCAAGAAACAAAAAUUUUUUCAAAUAUUUGACUGAAUAAAUGUCGAGUCGACUCUUGGCACCGUGAUACCGAGGGCAUUAACCGGGUCUUACUAUGGAGAUUUUGGCCUUAAUCCCCCUUUCAACUGUUUGAAUGUCUUCAGAGUCCAUUCGAUUCCCAUGCACCGAUAACAACAACAACAUGUCAGCGGCGGCUAGACUGGGCAUGUUUGGCUUGGCCAAGGAGGCGACCAAGGUAACCCUCUACUCGUCUGUCCGUAAGUUAUUCAUUUAUUUAUCACUAGUUUAAGUAAUGUAUAACAGCAUAGAAUGAUGUACAUUUAAAUGACGUAAUGAUGAUAAUUAUAUCGUGCAAACAUAAUUUUUCGGUCCAAAAUAACUUCUCUCUUAUGUACCUUUGGUUGGCCGAAUAAACAUGCCCCGCGGCGGGGAGGGAACAUCUUCCAUCUCCCCAUUUACCUUAAAUUAACUCCAACAGUUCACCGCCGUAAAAUCCGGCACGUCAUGUUUCUUUCACUUUAAAAAGGUUGGCUGUGGCCUCCGGGCAUGGCCAAGAGUUCUUUGGGAUGAAAAAAUAAUUCUGAAGGGAAUAAACCGGGCCCGUCUGAUGUCCCUGUAGCCGCACAGAGGAGAGGUCGGAUGGACGGGGACCGUUGGUUUCUAUGUUUCUGGGUUCCAGCUCUGCGAUCGUUCCGUGAUGAGGAAGAAGAAGGUGAACACACACCCUUGAGAAGACGACGAUCAUCCAAGCAACGGCAAUCCAAGAGGUAUGGUAUAGCUAUCAGCACCAAGGAGACCAUCCAGGAGAGAUAUCUGAGAAGACAAAAGUUAUGUGAACAACGGUUAAAGGUAAUGGAAAAGGAGAUCAGAUAUCAUGUUGUUGUAGGUGAAUGAUUGGUGCGUCUAUCUGGCUCUGGCUGGCCUAGCCUUGGCCGUUCUAGAUGUAGAAUAUUCCGUGGUUAUUCAGAAGUCAGAGGUCCCCAGAGAUGAAGAGGGACCCUUCCACAGUCAGAUUUUCUCACAUUUCAUCCGAUUCGUCAUCAUCUCCAUGACCUUGGCCUUGGAUUUCUUGAUUGUUUGUCAUCAUUGGACUGAAGUUGCAGUAAGUUGUAUGUCUACAUGUCUAAAUAACUCGUUUCGCCAGAUUCUGUCAGCAGAUACAGGCCAUCAAUUGUUGACGAUGAGUGCGAAGAGGAAGCUGAAGUUAUGUCUGGAGUUGGCAGUUUGUUCCCUGUGUCCUUUCCCUGGCCAUUCUCAUGUGGAUUGGCCGGUCCUCAACCAGAGUAUUAUCAAUAACAAGAGAGCACAUAUUCCACUGAAUGUCCUCUUGACGCUCCCCAUGUUUUUUAGACUCUAUCUUGUCGGCAGAGCGAUGAUUUUUCAUUCCAUGAUCAUACAGGUAUGGUUAAAAAUAUUGCAGUGUAACAUAGCCGACUCCACAGAUUUAUAUUUGAUUAUUUUUAGGACGCUGCAACCCGAGCAAUAGCCUCUUUUAACCGAGUUUCGGUUGAUUUCCCGUUCGUUCUGAAGAGCAUUAUCUGUGAUCGACCUCUGACCUUCGUCAUUACAGUAUCCUUGACUUUCUGGGCCUGUUCCAGUUGGAUUAUGACCCAAUGUGAACGAUAUGCCUCAGGCAAUCACUACAAUACCUUCCAUUAUCUCAGUGAUUACGCUUGGUUCGAGGCUGUGGUAAGGCUCGUAUCACUAUAAUGGGAUUAUUUUAGACCUUCUUUGCCAUUGGUUAUGGUGAUCUCCAAGUUCAGACCUAUUGUGGAAGAUCUCUGGCUAUAUUGACCGGUGUUGUGGUAUGUUUACGAUCAAUAUUCCCAUCUUUUAGGGCGCCAUCUUCUCGUCUUUGAUUACAGUACUACUUAGCCAAAGAAUGUUGCUUUCUUUGGCCGAGAAACGCGUAAAUCAAGUAAUCGCUGAAUCCCAAUUAGCUAAUAAGUAGGCUUACAACUGAAUUGUUUGAUCUGAAUACUUUUUAGUCACAAAAAUGCAGCAGCAGUUGUUUUACAAUCCACUUGGAGAGUAGUUAGAUGGCAGAGGAGAGUCGAGAGCGGCAGAAAUAACUCCAAAAAAGAGUUAUUCCACUUGAGAUUGGCUCAGAGAAAACUUUUACAGUCAGUUAUCGACUUCAGAAAAUGCAGAUGGAAACUGAGAAUGCGACAAGAAGAAGAGGACGAUGCCAUCACCAUCAGGAGGGUAAGUGUUCCAGUAUUACGGUAGAACUUCAAAAAAAAUAUUUUUGCGAACUGCGCCCGAGGUUUGAUGCACAAUUAUCGUAAAUUCUUUCAUUCCAAAUAAGUUUUAACGUGAAAUUUGAAAUACGUCUGAUCAAACGAAUUCAGGCGUUUACGGAGACCGAGGAGCGCCUCCGUUCCCUCCGAUCUCGCCAACAACAAGUCGCUUCCCAUCUCCAAGGUCUUUGCUCAAGGGUGGACCGGCUUUCCCGGCAAUGCACCCGUUCCUAUGGCUACAAUCCCCGUCCGAAAACACCUCAGAUCAACGGUUAUCGAGAAACAGGUCUUCAGUGA